AUGGAGUACAACUCGACCCACGAGCCAGGGGGCUCGGUAGCGUCACACAUAUCGCUUGAAGGACCAGUUCCUUCCUCAGCCUCACCAGUUCACCAGGCGGCAAGCCAAUCGAAUGUCCAACAGCCGUCUCCCUCUUCAAGCAACCCAUCUGAAGGCUCCAAACCCACAGAGAUCGUCCGCUACAACACAGCUAACGGGCGAAAGUAUGUGUACCCCGCCACGACCAUUCCCAACCCAUCCAUCGCCGACCAGCCACUCACGACGGUGGAUCCGGCACUGGGCGAGCUGGAGCGCCCUCACUUUAUCCCAAUCGAUCUUGACUCGCGCGUGGACAGGGCGAGCGUGUGGAUGAAGACCGUCCCCGGAACAGGCGAGGUCGUUUUCUUUAUCCCCGGUUCCUGCUCUGAAUGUCUGAGAUUGCAGCAGCAUUGUGACCGCGCGUCACCUGUGUGUGGGCGGUGCCAGAAGCGCGGGGCCAGCUGCACAUUGCAGGGGUUUAAGCACCUGCGCCCGUCGGCACCAGUCCGGGGUCCAAGUGGGAGUAUGGAUAAGGGCAAGGGUAGAGCGAAUGGUGAGGAGAUCGGGGACGAGGGAAGGGGCAAGCGGGUCAAGAAGAAGCGCCGGCUGAGUGCCGACGACGAAAUGGAUCCCAACACCCUCAACUUUGAAGGGACUGCGAUCCGGAAGGCGCGCCCGCGCCCGUCCAAGACGCCACAGCAACCGUCGAGUAGCGCGGGGUACGUCCGGCCCGAAGACAUCAAACCCACCCCCGAGGACGAGGCGUACGCCGCGCUCGCGGAGCGCGACGUACCCCAAUUGCCGCUGGAUAUGAUCCGAGGGAAACCGCCGUUCUGGGCGGAACGGCGGAGCACCCUUCAAGCAGCCAUCACGAACUUCAACAGCAACCUCAUCCGCACUGAUGGCGCGUGGGUGGACUAUGGACACAGCGGGAUCGCGCGCGGCGUUGUUCUGGAUGGGAUGCCACACGAGUCCAUUCAGCCCCACUUUUUCGGGGAACGUGAGCGGGCAGGGACGAUCCUCACCAACGUCGGCAAACCCAGGCGUCGUUACUGGUCCGUGCAGAGUCAGAGCCACGCACCCGGUGCUACAUCGCCACUACCGAAGGAGGUGCCGACGCCCAGUGGAGUGAACGAGAACACCUCCAAUGGGGGUGAGACUGUGAACGGAAAUGCGAACAGUGGCGCUGCGACGCCAGUGAGGCCUGAAGAGGAGCGCGCCGUUGAAUCGCUCCUCAUGGCCCACCGCGCCAACAUGGCCGUCGCCGUCGCCGUCACCCCUGCGUACGCGCACACGCCGUUCAAGGUGCAGAAGUCCUACCUCGGUCUUGGGUGGUUCUGGGUCGUCGACGCGUGGACCGAGCUCGCGGCCGUCCAAAAAGACGUGCCAGACAGCGAUAAGGAGGUCGUCUGGCGCUUCCGUUUCGAGUGGGCGUCGACACUUCAAUCCGAGCCGUGGUGGUCGCGCAAAGACGACGAACCCCGGAUGUCCCACGACUGCACUGAUUUGACUGUCAAAAGCCCUCAGACAGUGGACAAGUUGCGCCUCACUCUGGCAACAAAGACAUUACGCGGCGCACCCGCCGACUCAAACGGCACAAAGUGCGGGGCGUGCGAGCGCUUCUCAUCGAAUGUCUACGAAAAGCCAGUGUGCCUCAAUGAGGAGUGUGUUCGCAUGGUGCGGGACACCCAGGAACGUCUCCCCUCCAGAAACAUCAACAUGUCUGGUACCUUUGAUCCGCCUAUGCAGCUGAAGUCGCUCUUCAAGAGAGAUCCGCCGUACGUCACGCAGCGCGUCGAAGCCCAAGCGGACAUGUGGCACGCCUGGGUCUGCGCGCGCUGCCGCCUCGCCAACGAGCGCCGCGACUGGUCUGGCCUCCUCUGCGAGUGGUGCGCACAUGUCGAUUAUCCUCGCCGCAAAGCGUACACUGUUGAGGCGCUGCACGGACCGCGUCCGACUGCCACAGGCGCGCGGGCAGAAGAGGGCUUCGCGAGCUGGGCCGCCGACGGGGGCCGCACCUCCGCCCUCUUCCCCGACGAAGUCAAGGCCGUGCGCUGGCAGCUACCGUGGGCCGAAGUCGUACAUGUGCUGGGACACCAGGGCGUUGCGCUUGUCCCAAAUGCUGUCCUCAAGGGCCUGCAGAUCCAGGGACGCGACGAGGUCCCAUUCCGCCGGCACGCUUAUCCCGCAACCUCCUCCCAGCCCUCGGAACUGGUCAUCUCUCACUUCUACACCUAUCUCGCUGGCCCCGAUGGCGUUCCGCUCAUCGCCCACCUCCCGACAGCGACGGCGGUACCAUGGACCGAAGCGCCCAAAGUCACCCUAGACGCCAUGGACCUCAUCAACGAGCGCGCAGGACGGAUCUACCCCGGCGACCCAGAGUUCAACUCGCUCCUCCUCGCCACGGUUCGGCACGGGUCAUCACCAACAAUCCCAUUGUCCCAAAACGCGACGGUAGCCCUGCUAGUCCUCGGCGCCGAUUGCACGCUGCACGUCCGCCGGGCGCGCCGGCGCGCCGGCGAACUGACCGCGCAACACGGCGACGUGGUGCUAUUCAAGACGGGCCCCGAGGCUGUUGAAGUCGAGGUGCGUGCGGAUGGGUUCGCGUUCGUGGGACUCGCGCGGCGGGCGUACGAGGCGCUCCCGACUGAGAUCCCGUCCGGCCCGCUCACGAGCUGGUACAUGGGCCCGUGGCCUUUGGAUCGGACCGCGCCACUGCGGCCACACGUCGCGUUUGUCGAGGAGAAGAUUGCCGAGAAGGAAGAUGAGGAUAAGCCGAAGGCAGAAGACGUCGACAAAACGGACGAGGAGUGGGAUAGGGACGCCAUGGACGCCGCGGACAUCUUCGCACCGGCGCUCUUCAGGGGGAUUGAGGUCGCUCGGGCCCGGCCGACACCGACUAUCUUGAAAGCGCCAGAGCACGCACCGCUCCCCCGCCCCAAGGCUGAGAAGAAGGUUGUAGCGACGGCCAGUCGAGGCCGUGGGCGUGGUCGGGGUGGUCGUGGAGGCCGCGCACGCGGCCGGGGCCGUGGGCGUGGGCGUGGCGGAUCGUUGCGCGCCAGCACGAGCGCCACGCCCAUGGACAUGGACGAGGACGAGGAGGGUGAGGAGGAGCUCGACGAGUUUGACGACGAGUCGGAUUAG